AUGUGCCUUUGCCCGCUGCUUCUGCUGCCUGGCCAGCGCCACCGGACACCGCAAGCUUCUUACUUGUUGGUGACUCAGCAGGCGCCCAAGCAGGUGGUGCAGUUUCUGGCGGCGGACAAACCGGAGGACUUUGACGUUGGCAGUACAACCACACACAGCGCCCCAGCCAUGGAAGCCAUUAGAGAGCAGCUGCAGCGACUGAAUAGUGAGGUUGAUGACGAGAAUGCGAAGCUGGGAGAUGUGGUCAAGCAGCUCCACAAGAACCCCCAGGGCGAAAUCCUAAAGCUCGAGUACAGUCGAAUUGUCCAGACUCUCGCAGAAUUGAGGGCCUGCCGGAAGAACCUUGAGGAUAAACUGCAAGGUGCUGCUGCUGGUGCCGACCCACAGCGCUUGGGAGCUGGUGCUGGUGGCUCUGCUGAGUCCACCCUCCUAGAAGCAGUGAAGAAGCUCGUUGAGGAGGUUCAGGAGGACAACAAAGAAGCAGUGAAGAAGCUGGAGAGGCAGAAUAAAAAGAUGGUGAAGAAGACCACAGCUCUUCUGGAGAGGGAGAUUGUCGCCUUGGGGUUCAGGGCCACAGGUUCAUCACGACCCCCUACAUCAGUGUACCGUGAGCCAUGCAUGGCUGCAUACAAUGGGGCAGACUAUGCACAGAAGGAGCAUCUUCAAUGUCUGCUGACUGGCAGGGAGUUCCCAGCCAGGAAGGUGAAGGGAGGACAUAUUUUCCGUCUUGAGUGGAGGAAUCGGCAGUUGCUGGCGAAGGCGGGGCUGGACAUCAAUGGCCCAGAGAAUGUGAUUCCCAUCUAUGACACAGUGGAGGAGAUGCUGGAUCAGCAACGUAUUACUAUUGAACCCACUGCACCAGGACCCCCCAUCUUCACAGUGCGCGUGCUGGACAAAUCACUGCUGCAGCCAGGGCAGUGGAUCGUACACACUGAUGAUGUGCGCAUGCUGUGGUCAGAACUAGAUGGCCGGGUCCUUGACUUCGGGGGCAUGGACUUUGGUGACAAAGGCCCUCCACUAUCAGCAUUGCUGUGUGCGAUUCAUAUGCGUGCAGCAUUGCUCACGGCAGAGAAUGAGGAAUGGAUUGAGAAGCUACCACACCAUCUGAUGAUGAACCUGUUUUGA